GCAGCAUCAAUAGCAUCUUCUCUUCCUUCCCUUCCCUUCCACUUCUUUCUCUCCCUCCCCCUGUUCCUCCUGCUCCUUCUCUUCCUUCUUCCCCUAUCCCACUCCCCCUUCCAUUCAUUCACUGGAGGGCAUUAUUAGCUCUCCAGGUCCUGGAGCAGUGGCAGCAGCCGACCAGGGUGCGUCCAGUUUCUGCGCCCAGAUUUUAUUGAUCCAAACCAAAAUAUCUUGUGACUGCUGGCUGGAAUAAAGAUUCUUCAGCUUGUUGUCUCUAAACAAGGAAACGUUGAUUGGGAACUCCUCAUUCAGAAAAUUAAAAGAAAGAAGCCACAGUAUAUUAUUAAUCCUUUGAGAAUCGACUUUACCAUUUACCAUUUCCUUGAAUAGGAGAGGUCAUAGGGCAUUGAAGAAUGGCAGAUGAUCAGAAAGAUGAAGCAAAGGCACCUCACUGGACCUCAGCUCAACUGACAGAGGCAUCGGCACACCCACAUCCACCUGAGAUUAAGGAUCAAGGUGGAGCAGGAGAAGGACUUGUCCGAAGCGCCAAUGGAUUUCCAUACAGGGAGGAUGAAGAAGGUGCCUUUGGAGAGCCUGAGCCACAGGGCACUUAUUCAGAUACCAAAGAGAAUGGGAUCAAUGGAGAGCUGAGCUCAGCUGACCGAGAAACAGCAGUACUGGAUCACAGUUCAACAACUUCAGAGGAAGUGUCUGCAAGGAUAGUUCAAGUAGUCACAGCUGAGGCUGUAGCAGUCCUGAAAGGCGAACAAGAGAAGGAAGCUCAGCAUAAAGAUCAGCCAACAGCUCUGCCUUUAGCAGUUGAAGACACAGCUAAUCUGCCUCCUUCUCCACCCCCAUCACCAGCUUCAGAACAGACCGUCACAGUAGAAGAAGAAGAAGAAACGCUAGAGGGUCCAAUGGUGGAGGAACAGAAACCUGCCACUCUUCCUGGGAAAGAGUGUGAGGCUGAAAAGUCCUCAGACCAACCCAAGGGCCUCAGUGAGGGCCAAGUGGAGUCUAGUGCGGAGGCCAAAAUAGUCCCUGAAGAGAGGGCCCCGGCAGGGACCCUGCAUGAGAAAAGUGUAAAAGAGAUCACAGAGGUGUCUCCGGAAGUCAAAACCCCUUCCUCUCCCAAGGAAGGUUUACUUACAGCCUCGAAGAUGGAGUUCCAUGAUCAACAGGAAUUGAGUCCUUCUCCAGCUGAGCCAUUAGACAAGAAAGAAAAGGAAUCGGAGAAACCAAGUAAGCCUGGUGAAGACCUUAAACAUGCUGCCUUAGUUUCUCAGCCUGAGACAACUAAAACUUCCCCUGAUAAAAAGUACUUGCAAGACAAAGAAGAAGAAACAGCGCCCCCCUCUCUAUUUGGGCACACUCCUGGUGCUGGCCUAGAAGACAUGAAACAGAAGACAGAGCCAAGUAUGGUAGUACCUGGCAUUGACUUCCCAGCAGAGCCUCCAAAAGUGCAAAAGGACUGGUUCAUUGAAAUGCCAAUGGAAGCAAAAAAGGAUGAGUGGGGUUUAGUUGCUCCAAUAUCUCCUCGCCCCCUGACACCCAUGAAAGAAAAAGAUGUACUUGAGGAUAUUCCAAAAUGGGAAGGGAAACAAUUUGAUUCCCCCAUGCCAAGUCCCUUUCAAGGUGGAAGCUUCACUCUUCCUUUACAUGUCAUGAAGAAUGAAAUAGUUGCAGAAGCAUCACCCUUUGCCCCUCCCCUCCUACAGCCAGAUGACAAAAAGUCUCUGGAAGAAACCAGAGGCCCAGAGACUGCCAAAGAUAGUUAUAGGGUUGAAGUUAAAGAUAAACCUGACAAAAUAGCGGAAACACCAGCAUCACCGGCCAUUACUUCACCAAAAGAGGCUCUCAUUCAAAAUGUGGAAGAAUGUGUCACAGAGAAAGUUUCAGGAGAAGAAAAGGAGGUCGUAAAACAAGAGAGUGUGCAGGAAAAAGAAACUUCCACCCUCAGUGGACAGGAACCUACACUUACUGAAAAGGAAUCUCAGCUAAAACUUGAAGGAAAAACUACCAUUCCUGAAAAAGAAGCCAUGCCAAAAGAGAGCGAACCACCCAGACUGGCAGAUGAAGAAACAGGCAUAAUUCAGACACCCACAGAGCAGAAAGGUCAGGAGCCCACCACAGAGAUGUUAAAACAGGACUUAUUCCCUGUAAGUUUGGAGCAACCAGUUAUGGAUUUAAUCAUGAGCUCUACGACGUUGGAGAGUGUCUCCAUUGAAUCAGGUGCACUAAGUGAACAGAGUACAACCCAAGAACUUGUUGAAGAAAAAGUUGCUGACAAAGAUAAGGUUGAAAAGUUUGGGGCUGCAACAUCAGCUGAGGCUGACAUGCCAUUUUACGAAGAUAAGUCAGGAAUGUCAAAGUACUUUGAAACAUCUGCCUUGAAAGAAGAUGUGACAAAAAGCAUUCAGCCAGACAGUGACUACUAUGAACUGAGUGAUACAAGAGAAAAUGUCCAUGAGUCUUUUGAUACUGUAUCUCCCAUGCAGAAAAAUGAUGACAAGGGAUUUCAGGAAGGAAAAGAAUCCCAGCCCAGUGCCCCAGCACAAGAAGCAGGGUAUAGUACCCUUGCACAGAGUCAUCCAUCUGAUUUACCUGAAGAACCCAGUUCUCCUCAAGAAAGAAUGUUCACUAUUGAUCCAAAAGUGUAUGGGGAGAAAAGGGAUCUCCACAGUAAGAAUAAGGAUGAUUUGACACUAAGCAGGAGCUUAGGACUUGGUGGUAGGUCUGCAAUAGAACAAAGAAGCAUGUCAAUCAAUUUGCCCAUGUCUUGCCUGGAUUCCAUAGCCCUUGGAUUUAACUUUGGUCGGGGGCAUGAUCUUUCUCCUCUGGCUUCUGAUAUUCUAACCAACACUAGUGGAAGCAUGGAUGAAGGGGAUGAUUACUUACCUGCCACAACACCUGCAUUAGAAAAAGCCCCUUGCUUCCCAAUAGAAAAUAAAGAGGAAGAAGAACAGGUAGAGGAGGAAAAAACUACCGGAGAGGAAAAUAUUCAAGCCGAGACCGUGUGUGAGUCACCUUUCCUAGCCAAAGAUUAUUACAAAAAUGGUACUGUCAUGGCCCCUGACCUGCCUGAAAUGCUAGAUCUGGCAGGCACAAGGUCAAGAUUAGCUUCUGUGAGUGCAGAUGCUGAGGUUGCCAAGAAGAAAUCAGCCCCAUCCAAGACUGUGGUUGAGGAGAGUAGUACUGGCUUGCCCCCUGUAACCGAUGAAAACCACAUCAUUGUAAAAACGGACAGUCAACUUGAAGACCUGGGCUACUGUGUGUUCAAUAAAUACACAGUCCCACUCCCAUCACCUGUUCAGGACAGUGAGAAUUUAUCAGGGGAGAGUGGUUCCUUUUAUGAAGGCACUGAUGAUAAAGUUCGAAGAGAUUUGGCCACAGACCUCUCUUUGAUUGAAGUAAAACUGGCAGCUGCAGGAAGAGUCAAAGAUGAGUUCAGUGCUGAGAAAGAAAUAUCCCCACAUAUCUCCGGUGAUAAUUUGGGACUGGGUAGGGAGUUUGAUCAAGAAAGGAAAGCUAAUGAUAAGCUAGAUACCGUACUAGAAAAGAGUGAGGAACAUGCUGAUUCCAAAGAGCAGGACAAGAAAACAGAAGAGGCUGAUGAUAAAGUUGAAAUAUCUGGAAUAGGAGUAACCUAUGAACAAGUACCAGCCCAAGAACUGACUGUAUCAAAAGAUAAGUCACCUCUCAUGGUUGAAAAAACAGAAAAAGAGAAAGGUCUUAGCUCAGUGCCAGAGGUAGCUGAGGUAGAACCAUUCAACAAAGCUGAACCAGAGCUAGAUUUUGCUCCAGAGAAAGCUGACCAGGGACAAUUAGAUAUUAAAAUCAGUGACUUUGGACAGAUGGCAGCAGGGCUAAGCAUAGGUGCUGGGAAGGCAGUAGAACUUACACUCGAGGCUACGCAACAGGACCUGACCACCUCAUCCAAAGCGCCUGUGGAGACAGAUGUAUUUUUGGGUGUUGAACCUGGCCCCAUGAAAGAAGGCACCAAAGUUAGUGAGACAGAAAUCAAAGAGAAGGUGGCCAAGCCUGACUUAGUUCACCAGGAAGCUGUAGACAAAGAGGAGUCCUACGAGUCUAGUGGUGAACAUGAAAGCCUCACCAUGGAGUCCUUGAAACCUGAUGAGGGCAAGAAGGAAACAUCUCCAGAAUCAUCUCUAAUUCAAGAUGAGCUUGCCAUCAAAUUGUCAGUGGAAAUACCUUGCACAAGUGCUGUUUCAGAGGCUGAUUUAGCCACAGAUGAGAAAGCGGAUAUCCAGAUGGAAUUUAUUCAGCUGCCCAAAGAAGAAAACAAAGAGACUCCAGAUAUAUCAGUCGUGCCCUCCGACGUUACGGAGCCAUUCCCUGAAGGGACUGUGACUGAGCCAGCAGAGGCUCAGGGUGAGGAAGAAGAGAUAGAAGCCCAGGGAGAAUUUGACAAGCUGCUCUUCCGCUCGGAUACCCUUCAGAUUACUGAUCUGGGUGUCCCGGGUAUCAGAGAGGAAUUUGUGGAGACCUGCCCAGGUGAACACAAAGGAGUAAUUGAAUCAGUUGUGACCAUUGAGGAUGAUUUCAUCACCGUAGUGCAAACUACUAUGGAUGAAGGGGAGUCUGGUUCCCACAGCGUGCGUUUUGCAGCCCUGGAGCAGCCUGAGGUAGAAAGGAAACCCUCUCCCCAUGACGAAGAGGAACUCGAGGUAGAGGAGGCAGCUGAAGUCCAGGCAGAACCCAAGGAUGGCUCCCCAGAGGCUCCAGCUUCCCCUGAGAGAGAAGAGGUUGCACUCUCAGAAUAUAAGACAGAAACCUACGAUGAUUACAAAGAUGAGACCACCAUUGAUGACUCCAUCAUGGAUGCCGACAGCCUCUGGGUGGACACUCAAGAUGAUGAUAGGAGCAUCAUGACAGAACAGUUAGAAACUAUUCCUAAAGAGGAGAAAGCUGAAAAGGAAGCUCGGAGAUCAUCUCUUGAGAAACAUAGAAAAGAAAAGCCUUUUAAAACCGGGAGAGGCAGAAUUUCCACUCCUGAAAGAAAAAUAGCUAAAAAGGAACCUAGCACAGUCUCCAGAGAUGAAGUGAGAAGGAAAAAAGCAGUUUAUAAGAAGGCUGAACUUGCUAAAAAAACAGAAGUUCAGGCCCACUCUCCUUCCAGGAAAUUCAUUUUAAAACCUGCUAUCAAAUAUACUAGACCAACUCAUCUCUCCUGUGUUAAGCGGAAAACGACAGGAGCAGGAGGUGAAUCAACUCAGGCUCCCAGUGUAUUUAAACAGGCAAAGGACAAAGUCUCUGAUGGAGUAAUCAAGAGCCCAGAAAAGCGCUCUUCUCUGCCAAGACCGUCCUCCAUUCUUCCUCCUCGCCGUGGUGUAUCAGGUGACAGAGAUGAGAACACCUUCUCUCUCAACAGUUCCAUCUCUUCAGCUCGAAGGACUACUCGGUCAGAGCCAAUUCGCAGAGCAGGAAAAAGUGGCACAUCAACACCCACUACCCCUGGAUCUACUGCCAUUACUCCUGGCACCCCACCCAGCUAUUCCUCACGCACACCAGGCACCCCUGGAACCCCUAGCUACCCCAGGACCCCUCACACACCGGGAACUCCCAAGUCUGCCAUCUUGGUGCCGAGUGAGAAGAAAGUGGCCAUCAUACGUACUCCUCCAAAAUCUCCCGCUACUCCCAAGCAGCUACGGCUUAUUAAUCAACCACUUCCAGACCUGAAGAAUGUCAAGUCCAAAAUCGGAUCGACAGACAACAUCAAAUACCAGCCUAAAGGAGGACAGGUACAAAUUGUUACCAAGAAGAUAGACUUAAGCCAUGUGACAUCCAAAUGUGGCUCUCUGAAGAACAUCCGUCACAGACCAGGUGGUGGGCGUGUGAAAAUUGAGAGUGUAAAACUGGAUUUCAAAGAAAAGGCCCAAGCUAAAGUUGGUUCACUUGACAAUGCUCACCAUGUUCCUGGAGGUGGUAAUGUCAAGAUUGACAGCCAAAAGUUGAACUUCAGGGAGCAUGCUAAGGCCCGUGUGGACCACGGGGCUGAGAUCAUCACGCAGUCUCCUGGCAGAUCCAGCGUGGCAUCACCCCGACGACUCAGCAAUGUCUCCUCUUCUGGAAGCAUCAACCUGCUUGAAUCCCCUCAGCUUGCCACCUUAGCUGAGGACGUCACUGCUGCACUGGCUAAGCAGGGCUUGUGAAUAUUUCUCACCUAGCAUUGAAGUAAUAAUAUUUAGGCAUGAGCUCUUGGCAGGAGUGGGCUCUGAGUGGGAGUUAUAUUCAUUCUUUGCAAACCAUAAAAUAAAUAAUCUCAUCGCCCAAACUGUAGUAAUUGUUACAAUUUUAUAAAAAAUGAAUAGUAUAUGCAGAAAUUGACCUGAUGUUCAUUUGCAACCAGAAGACCCUGGCUUUACAUGGGUAUAAUUGGACAAUUAUUUUUGCUCUGCUCUGUUUUGCAUGGAGUAUUAUGAUUUUACAAACUGCAUUUUUACCUUUCAUGUGCCUGAAGGCUAUCCACUACAUUCUGAAGGGCCUUGUUAAAAUCCAAGCUGCUCUUUUCACUAUUCUGUUUAUGGGUGAAAAGAUAAAAGCCACUCGUUGUAACUUAUUACAGGUUAAAUUAAGUCAAGAAAGCUGAUUGCAGAAAGGGAAGAGCAUGUAAGAAAUAACAAGUUUUUUUAGUGUUAUUUUGUAUAAACGGGAAGAAAGAUUCAAUUAAGUUAUUAACAUUUGGGACCUGGAUAAUUAUUUCAGAGUAUAAGUGAAUCCAAUAAAUUAUUUAACUGAUUAAAAAAUAGCUACAAAGCAUUUGAGCUGUGGUUAAGGAAGUGGUGUAAAAGUGCAUCUCUUAGGAAUGAAGCACUGUCAUUAUGAUAGACUCAUGUCUGAUUAGAAUGUCAGUUGAUCGGCUAGAUUUGUGUCCACACUACCAGUUUCACACCCCCUUUCCAUCUGUUUGAUACAGUAUUAUAGAUAUAAAUAUAUAUAUAUUUCUCUGUGGCCAUUUGUGAUACUUCCUCAUAUACUUGAAUAUUAUACUUCUUUAUUCACAGUAUCUGUGUCUUCUGCACCCUUUGGUGUUGCAAUUUUAGGUACAUGAAAGUAGAUGUUAGCAGGGUUCUUUCCCUAUGUAAAAAAAUUACAUUAAAAAAAAAAAACAAAAAGUUUUAGCAUGAAGUUGCUUUCUGUAACAACUCAAAGCUGUAACCCUAUUUUAGUGCCAGAUACAAGUCUCUCCCGUGAUGCUAGAUAAAUUUAUUUUUCUUUGUUUCACCAACAUGGAGUUUGUGGGGGUGGGUCCAGUUAUACAUAAAAGGGUCUACAGAUUGUUGGUUUAAGAUUAUGAAUUCCUUUCAUUUUGAAUCAUGGAAUAGUUUGGGUUUGUAUUGCUAUAAUCAUUUGUGAGACAGACUUCUUAAUAUUUCUUUUUUUUUCAUUUGCUAAAGUUGAAAUUGACAGUGGGAAUUUGGGACAUUUUAUCUUAUUCUUCAAUAUAGUGUCUGUUUAUUAAGUUCUCUGAUAGUUGUUAGCUUCCUUACCCAAAAUGAAGGUCCCUUCCUUAAUCAGAAAGAAAAAUAUAGCAUUUUGAGAAGUUGUAACUACAAAACAUUUGAGAUGCAGAUACCUAAAUCAUCUUUUUCAUAGCUCUAACAUUGCAUUCCGUCAAGGAACACAGUGUCAAUUGGUAUUUAUUUACCACCCAAUAAUGCUGUUCUGACCUUAUACACAGUCUAGAAAUCAUAAAUCAAGCAAUUAAUUCCUUUCACAGAUCAUUCAUUUUAAAACCUAUGCAUAAGUAAUGACCUAGUCAAUGGCCUGAAUAGGACAAUGAACUUCCGGGCUGGAUGGAAGCUUUUUAGUAUUUUGUCUGUUCUUUUUCUUGCUCACGGCAGGUAGGCUAGAUCUGAACAGUUAAAGGCACGCAAAUGGUCAGAUAGGUGUUUGAUCCCUUUGAGCUGAAGCAAUUCCCAUAUAUAAAGGAGGAAGUGAUGAGCAUGAACUGAGGCUACAAGGAAGUAUAGGAGCAUCCAAGACAAAAACCAAGGGAUGCAAAAACAGGGAGAUAUAUAGAGAUGACAUUUUGUGACCCAUUGACUUGUGCAACCAAUGGGAUUGCCACAAGAGAACCCUUGGUGCACACCCACACCAUUCAUUCUAAACUGUGAGGUUUUACACAGGCAAACACAUCAAACUAUUUAUAAAUCAGUUAUUUUAUAUGACAGUCCUAUUGAGUAGGUCUUCAUACGAGUCUGUUUUCUGCCUUGUCAUAGCUAUGAGUUUGAUUUGACCAAUCCAAGCAAUUUAUUCAUCAGCUUCCCUUGAAAAGCACCAGAAAAUAGGAGAAUAGUUGUGUGGAGACUCAUAGUAUUCCCUGCAAGUUUUGAUAGUGUUAGAUAGUCAUCAAGGUUCUCUGGAAAGAAGUUAACAGCUGGUUAGGACAGUUUUAACCUGUGAAACAAGUUUUUGCUUUUUAAAAAUCUGGUUAAAAUUUUUCAUAAAAGUCAAGAUGUGAACACACUCUAAAUUUAAAAAGGCGGUUUCUUGUGAAUACAUGUCCAAAAGCAAGUUUAUUUAAGGCACUAAAUUAUUAGAUUUGGCAUUAAAACCAACGUUUAUUUCUAAUCACAGCAAAGUUCUCAUAAUGAAUAAAUACCCUAGCUUUAUAAGGAAUUAUGAUUCCUCAUGUAUCUAACAAGAGGAAAUGGAUAAUUUGCCCAGGUACAAAGAAAGGAGAAACACACAGGCUAAAUGUCUUCUUAUGGGGAUAAGGAGUAGAGCCCAUCUUGCCUUCACUCUCAAGAUAAUGACUCAAAUUAAGCUUUUUGAACACCACUCUUGUGGGGACACACAUACGCUGAUCUAGAAAUUAAAGCUUCAUAGUUCCAAAUCUAGAUCUAAUGCCAGGUUCUCUCUGGUUUUUGCCUCAGAAAACCUGUUUAAUGGUAUAUAAGUAAUCCAGAGUUGUGAAGAGUUAAAAGGCCAACUUCUUCAAUGAACUCACUCUCCCUGGGUCACCUGCAACAGAGAAUUGAGUACCUUACAAUGAUGCAGGGAAGAUCCUGGUUCAUGAUGAAUUUCAAAGGCCAUGUUCACUUAGGAACCAACUCUCUCUGGAUUCACCUGCUGAGUUCCAGCAGGGAAAAGGGCCCAAGCCCCACCCAUAAGAAAGAAACCUGUGUAACACCAAAUAGGUGUGACUGAAGAAGGCAGAAGAAAGAAAGUUAUUAAAUGGAUGCUCCGAUCAUAGCUGGCCUUCUCCACACACUCACACAGUACUGCAGUAGGAAGAGGGGUCAUCAGCCAAAAUAUAACAUGAUGUCAGUAUUAAUGGAGAAAUAAUCUAAAUGUAGCUGAUACUGACAUAGCUGGAAUUAUAGUUUUUCUAUUUUUCAUGCCACAAAUAGGAGGAAAAGAAACUGUUCAUGGUCUUAAGUAGCAAAAAUAAAGUAAAUUCAGGGCUAGGGGAGGCAAAUUCUAAGUAUACAUUCAAAGACUGAUGUGUGAAAAUUAAUGUUGGUCUUUGUAUUUUUACACCUAGGAUUUUUAGCCUGGAUGUGUAGGUUGAGGCCAAGUCCCUCUGCAAGAAAAAAGCUUAUUUUUGAAUUCGGAAAAUGUCAAUCAUGAAAAUCCACUUCAACUUUAGCAAAAAGAAAAAAAAUCAACAAAAAGUAUACUCUGUAUGCUGGGAUUCCAAGGUUCCAACACACUGCUACAAAUCUGUGGGGGGUUUCUUUCUUCUGAUAAGUCUAGAGCCUGUUACAAUAGAAAGGCGUUUCUUCAAUGGCUGGUUGUAGUUAGUUCCUGUUUUUCAAUCAAAUUUGCAAAUGUAUUUGUUGCUGUAUAGUGAUUGUUUUGCAAAAUAAAAUUGCUUGUCAUCUAA